AAACAUCCUCUGAUCUCGACCUUAAAUUCAUAAAAUACAUUGCAGAGCUUCAAGAAUGUAUCCCGAUGAUGAAGCUUGCAAAAGAGCGAACACCUUGUACAUUUUAUGGACAAGGAACCUGCGACAGUGUUCAGCUGAUCAUAUAGCAGCAAAGCUCGCCGCACAACAUCGACAGGAGAUCCCAACGAAGGCCAUUCAUUGCAGGGACGGAGCCUAUAAUCGCUGUUACAGAAUAACAUUUCAAAAAGGACCAGAUGCAAUCGUACGGUUUCCCAUCAUGGGAAGAGUUGCAUUGAGGAAAGAAAAGAUCAACGACGAAGUGGCCGUGAUGGCGUACAUCGCCCAAUCAACUUCUAUACCCAUUCCUGCAGUUCGCGGGAAUGGUGUUAGUGGCUCGGGACCUUAUAUCGUGAUGGACUUUGUUAGCGGAAAUCUGCUCAGUGAUCAUCUACAAGCUCCUCUUCGAGACAAUCGAGAACCAGCGAUCCUGGACCCUGGCAUCAGUGAGCACAAGUUACGAGCUGCCUAUCGUCAAAUGGCAUACAUAAUUCUAAAAUUACAUCGGUGUCAAUUCUCUCAUAUUGGGUCCCUGGUUAAAGACGACCGUGGAGGCUGGUCUAUUGGAACACGACCGUUUACGCAUAACAUCAACGAGCUUCUUACUUAUGCCAAUUUCCCCCCAUCGGCUAUGCCCCAAGGAACGUUCUCAACUGCUACUGAAUAUUUUCUGUCACUUUCUGAGAUUCAUAUGCAACAUCUGAAGACACAAAGAAACAAUGCAGUUUACAAUGAGGCAGACUGCAGAAGAAAGUACGUGGCGCGCUGUCUUUUCAGGAGAAUUGCGCGCAAUUUCUCUACUAGCUACAACAAUGGUCCUUUUAGCUUAUUUUGUGAUGAUCUACGUCCUUCUAAUGUGAUUGUGGACUCCAAUCUUGAUAUCAAAGCAGUUAUCGAUUGGGAGUUUUGUUAUGCAGCGCCAGCAGAAUUUACCCAUUGCUCACCGUGGUGGCUCCUCCUUGCAAAUCCCGAUGACUGGCCAGGUGGUUUAAACGACUUUGCGACGCAAUAUAUGCCACGCCACAAUGUCUUUCUUGAUGUUUUGCGGGAAUGUGAGAGAGAAUUGGCAUAUGAUAUUACAAUCGACCAUACCCUCUCAGAACGUAUGCAGCAGUCGAUGGAUAAUGGAGAUUUCUGGGUUUGCCUCGCCGCAAGGUCUAGCUUUGCCUUUGAUGAUAUUUACUGGAAUUUUAUCGAUCAGAGGUAUUAUGGGGAAUUUACCACACUGGAGGAUCGCGUUGAACUCCUGGAGAAAAGUGAACGGGCUGAGCUUGAUAGAUUUUUCAAACAGAAAACAGAGCAAGCUGCAGAACGCAAGUUGGAUCCCUAUUGGACAGUGGAUGAAAUCAUUGCCUCCUAGGCUAUUUUGUGUCUAGUUGACGUGAGAACUUUGGCCUUGAGAGGUUUGCUCUUAAUUCAAUAUAGCUUUGCUGGUUGCUUAUACUUAAUUCCUUAUGGGUUUGCUGCAGAAAUCCCCCCCCUUUUUUUUGGCCGACCACAUUGACACGACCCUACCAAUGACUACUUGUAUACUUCAUAUUUAGCUGUAUCCAGUGACUAUCUCUAUCAUGAGGAUGCGCCCCUUUCCUUGCCGCUGCUUCAAAGCUGCCGGAAGCUCCUAGAAAUGGAAUUAGAUGGACCGCUGAUGUAGAUGCAUAAGAAAAGCACGCAGCUAAUAAUUACCGUUCAGGGGUUUAUACCUGUGUAUCUAUAAGAGCAUCAUGUCUCAGAUCUAUAUUUGAUAUCAUCUGAUGUGAUUAGGCCACUGCAAUAGGGUUAGUAUAGGGGGGCAAUAAUAAUAGGAGAAGAUGGUU